AUGGCUCAAUUACAAGUAACAGUUAUUGAAGCAAAAAAUUUAAAGAAAAAAGAUACACUUAGUGAAAAUGAUCCAUUUGUAGUACUAUAUCUUGAUGAUGCAAAUUACAAACAAAAAACAAAAACAAAACAAAAUGCGAAAAAUCCAAAAUGGAAUCAAUCGUUUGUUUUUAAUCAUUUAUAUGGACAAGAUGUUCUUCAUGUUGAUGUGUAUGAUGAAGAUUCAGUUAAAAAUGAUAAAAUAGGUUCAGUUGAAAUUGAUUUACGUCAAUUAUAUGACAAAGGUCAUUUAGAUCAAUGGUUUGACCUAAAAGGAAAAUUCGGUUUAGCUCGUCAUGGGGAAAUUCAUCUUAUUCUGGACUUUCAACGACUUCGAGCAAAUACUCCUAGUGCACCUCCGUCAAAUAUGGAUCAGAAAAAAGAAUAUUUAUUCAAAGUUCUUGUUAUUGGUGAAUUGGCUACAGGAAAAACAGCACUCGUCAAACGUUAUGUGCAUAAUUUUUUCUCCGAACAUUAUCGAGCAACUAUUGGUGUUGAUUUUGCAUUAAAAAUUGUUAAGUAUGAUGAUGAUACUGUUAUUCGUCUUCAACUCUGGGAUAUCGCAGGUCAAGAGCGAUUUGGUAAUAUGACUCGUGUUUAUUAUAAAGAAGCAGUAGGUUGUUUUAUUGUUUUCGAUGUUACACGAGGGUCAACUUUUGAAGCAGUUACUAAAUGGAAAACAGACUUGGAUAAUAAAGUUCAAUUGCCGGAUGGAAAUCCUGUACCAUGUGUAUUACUGGCUAAUAAAUGCGAUUUAGCUAAAGAAGGUUUAGUUAAUAGUGCCCAACAAAUGGAUGAAUUUUGUCGAGCAAAAGGAUUUGCUAAUUGGUUUGAAACAUCAGCUAAAGAAAAUAUAAAUAUUGAAGCAUCAGCUCGAUUUCUUAUUAGCGAAAUUAUGAAACAUAAUGAACAAUUACAACCACGUUCACCAGGUAGUUAUGCACGUAGUGGUACACUUACUGUACAUGAUAAGCCAGAUGAAAAAACGAAAAAUGAUCGAAAAUGUUGUGGUGGUAGUAAUGAUUCUGGUGAUAGCAAAAGUUAA